AAGCCAACGGAUCACUUCCUGUUUACAGUGUACGUAACGACGACCGCAGUCUGAGGCCCCGCCCACUCCCAUUGACGGCAAAAUGGCGACGGAGAAUUGUGAUGCUGUGAACAUGGACCCUGACAUCGAACUGCUCAGUGACGAGGAGAUAGAAAGGGAUGCAGAGGCCUUCAAGGAGCAAGGCAAUGCUUUUUACAUCAAGAAGGACUACACAGAGGCAUUCAAUUAUUACACCAAGGCUAUUGAUAUGUGUCCAAAAAACGCAAGCUACUAUGGAAACCGGGCGGCCACAUUAAUGAUGCUGUGCCGAUACAGGGAGGCUCUGGAGGACUCCCAGCAAGCAGUGCGGCUAGACAACAGCUUUAUGAAAGGACAUCUGCGAGAGGGUAAGUGCCACCUCUCGCUUGGCAAUGCUAUGGCUGCCAGCCGCUGUUUCCAGAGAGUUCUGGAACUGGAGCCAGAUAACAGCCAAGCCCAGCAGGAGCUAAAGAAUGCAGAGUCCAUCCUUGAAUAUGAGAGAAUGGCAGAGAUUGGAUUUGAAAAGAGAGACUUCAGAAUGGUUGUCUUCUGCAUGGACCGGGCCUUGGAGUGUGCAUCGGCUUGUCGCAAGUUUAAGAUAUUGAAGGCAGAGUGUUUAGCCCUGCUGGGACGAUACCCAGAGGCGCAGUCUGUCGCCAGUGACAUACUCCGAAUGGACUCCACCAACGCAGAUGCUCUGUACGUGCGAGGUCUCUGUCUCUAUUAUGAGGAUUGCAUUGAUAAGGCUGUUCAAUUCUUUGUCCAGGCCUUGCGUAUGGCUCCUGACCAUGACAAGGCUCGACUCGCAUGUAGAAAUGCCAAAGCAUUAAAAGCCAAGAAGGAAGAAGGGAACACAGCGUUCAAGGAGGGAAACUUUGAGGCAGCUUAUGAUUUGUACUCGGAGGCCCUGACAAUAGACCCAAACAACAUCAAGACUAAUGCCAAGCUGUACUGUAAUAGAGCCACAGUUGGAUCUAAGCUGCAGAAACUAGAACAGGCCAUUGAAGAUUGCACAAAGGCCAUAAAACUGGAUGAGACCUACUUAAAGGCCUAUUUAAGGAGAGCACAAUGCUACAUGGACACAGAGCUGUACGAAGAGGCAGUGAGGGACUAUGAGAAGGUCUACCAGACAGAAAAGACAAAAGAACACAAACAUCUCCUCAAAACAGCUCAACUGGAGUUAAAGAAAAGCAAGCGGAAAGAUUACUAUAAGAUACUCGGCGUGGAUAAGAACGCCACCGAGGAGGAGAUCAAAAAAGCGUACCGUAAACGUGCACUUUUACAUCACCCAGACCGUCACAGCGGCGCUAGUACCGAGGUGCAGAAGGAAGAGGAGAAAAAGUUUAAGGAAGUGGGCGAGGCUUUCAGCGUGCUUUCGGACCCAAAGAAAAAGGCCCGCUAUGACAGCGGACAGGACCUCGAGGAUGACGGCAUGAAUAUGGGAGACUUUGAUGCCAAUAACAUUUUUAAGGCGUUCUUUGGAGGACCAGGGGGUUUUAGCUUUGAAGCAUCUGGACCAGGAAACUUCUUCUUCCAGUUUGGUUAGUUGGAGGCAACGUCUGCAUAAACAGCAUCUAAAUCAGGACUUUUGUACAAUAUCAACCCCUCUACGCACCAUCUGUAUUUAACGACUGGCUAAACGUCAGUCUCGUCUAUGCCAUUGACUGAAUGAAUGCAACCUAAUGACCACAUGCGGUUAAUUAUUUACAGCAAGGACACCAAGAUGACUCAGAGUGAUUAUUGCUAUUGGUUUUUGAUUUUAUUUUCCUUUUAAAAUAAAACUUAAAAUCAGUAACAACUACCAACAACAGUCCAAA